UUGGGAAACUGCGACCCUGAGAAGAAGAAGAAGAAGACGAAGGCGAAGAAGAGGAAAAGAAGUGAAAUGGAGGAAAGACUAAAAUACUUGGCAUUGUUAGGAGCUGGGGCUCUUUUGGGCGCUGGUUCUACCUUGUUCCUUCUCAAGCAUCUUCCAAGAAGCAUCUCGGGCAAAAGCAGUAAAAAGCCAAUUGAAUUAAAUGGUAAAGGACUUGUAUCUGAGAUGUCUUUGGGAAGCUGCACAGUUGCUGGAGACAGGAAUUGUGGGAUGUCUGGUCCAGACCUUUUAACAGAUGAAAUAGUGUCUGAACAAUUGACCAGAAACAUUCAAUUCUUUGGCCUUGAGUCUCAAUGUAAAGUGACUGCAUCCUAUGUUGUCAUUAUUGGUCUUGGAGGAGUUGGAAGUCAUGCUGCUUCUAUGCUUCUGAGAUCAGGAAUUGGGAGGCUUCUUCUUGUGGACUUUGACCAGGUUUCUCUUUCAUCCUUAAAUCGACAUGCUGUUGCAACACGAGCAGAUGUUGGUAUUCCUAAGGCUGAGUGCCUCAAGAAGCAUUUCUCAUCAAUCUUUCCGGAGUGCCAUAUUGAAGCAAAAGUACUAUUAUAUGAUUCAUCAUCUGAAGAAGAAAUUCUCUCAGGCAACCCGGACUUCGUUUUGGACUGCAUUGAUAACAUUGAUACAAAGGUGGCACUUCUUGCAGCAUGUGUGCGUAGGGGUUUAAAGGUUUUAUCUGCAACUGGAGCUGGUGCUAGAGCUGACCCAACAAGAAUCCGUGUGGCUGAUUUAAGGGAGUCAACAAAUGAUCCAUUAUCUCGAUCUGUAAGACACCGUUUGAGAAAAGAUUAUGGCAUUGAUGGUGGCAUCCCUGUUGUGUUCUCCCUUGAAAAACCUAAAGCCAAGCUGCUUCCAUUUAAGGGACCAAGUGGAGAAGAAGAUAAUCCUUCUGAUUAUCAGAUAGUACCAGGCUUUAGGGUUCGCAUAAUACCUGUCUUGGGUACCAUCCCAGCAAUUUUUGGCCAGGUCAUGGCCUCAUAUGUUGUGACACAACUAGCUGGAUUGCAAGUUCAAACAGAGCCUGUGGUAAACUUCGAUUUGGACCAUUAUCGGAUGCUUCAUCAGCGUCUUGUUGAGCAUGAGGAAUCAUUAUAUGGGACAGCCAUGGAAGUCCAGGUAGACAUUGAGGAAGUCAAGUAUAUUGCAAAAGAGUUGUGGCAUGGGCGAAGUGCCAGGGAACAGUCUGCAAAAGAUGUUGGACGUGGAAUGUGGAGAUCUGUUAAUGAGUUAAUGCUUGUGAGGUGGGACAGGACAAAGCCAGCCUGCGUGUCAAACUUAAUUCUUUUAAAAUUUAAAGAGGCAGAUGAACAUGAAUUGAGGACACUUGAUGAUAUCCAAGAAAAGGAACCUGAAUUUUUUGAACGGGUCACGUCUGUUUUGAAACAAGCUGAAUUGGAUUUUAGUUUGUAACGGCAUUGAAAUUUAGAUGAAGGGGAGGGGGACAGCUCGCCAAAAUGGAGUUCUCCAUGAUUUUGGGAUUUUACCCUGGUUAAUGAAGCUUAAAAUUUGGAGAGUACGCGAUGACUCCUUGCUGCCAUGUGGGAUAAGAAACCAUUUUCAAUCAGUUUUCGAGAUGAGAAAGUAAACAUGUAGGAAUAUUGCACGGAGAAAAGAAAAUUUAAAAGUAUAUACAGGCCUUAUUUGGUUGGGAGUAACUUGGCUCAGGAACAUCAAGUUCUCUGGAAUUGUGCAAAUCUUUGGUUGGUAUUUUAUCUCAACUUCAUGGGAAGUCAAAUUACUUUUUGGAAUGAGCUUUACUAAUGCAUCUCUGGUGAUAUGUCUGGGAACUUGUACAAUUGUGGGUGUGGUCUCCAUAUCUACAAGGACCAUCAGAGUGUUAGAAGAAAUUCCUAGCUGCGGACGUUGAAUGGCAUGAUCCUGAGGCCUAUACACGAUCUGGUGAUGGAGAGUUGCUGCCAUGGAAGAUACCAUCUGUUUUGCUCCAACUAGCUAGACUUGAACCUUCAAACUUGUAGGAAGACAAGAUCUUGAAGGGACAUGUUGUAAUUAGGGAAAAAAUGCAAGCAUUAUACUUUCAGCAUGUAAGGUACUGAUACAAGUACCAAUCACAACAUGCUCAUAUUUGGGAAACCUAGUAUUUAACAGGGAAAUUCUAACAGUAACAGGAAGGCAUCUCCUUCAAUGGAGAGUUAAAAUCAUUCUUAUAGCACCAAAAUGAAGGUGCAUGUAUUCAUGGUUA